GGCGGAAAGCUGGGUUGAGUGGUGUCUGGUGAGAAUUUAUUACCCAUCUCUGCGGAGCCGAGUUACAAAUAUAUACCUGAAAAGAUGUCUUCUCAGACUGAAUUACAAAAACACCUUUCUAAUUUAAAGUUGUCAUCGAAGACACUGACAGGACUUCUACAUAACAACAACAAAGGCGCAGCUGACUGGGGAUGGCAGGGAAUGGUAGCGUAUGGAUGUCAGAACUUUGUGGUUGUACUUGAUACGAGAACUGUGCAGGUGCUGCAGACGCUGGAGAGACACAGAGCCCCUGUAUUGAAAGUGAAAUGGGCACGACAGAAUUAUCAUCAUAGCAAGCGUUCACCGUACACACUGAGACUAGCAUCGGCUGACUAUCAUGGUCGGAUAGUGGUGUGGGACAUUAAACAAGCUACUAUCAGAGCUGAGUUCCAAGAUGGAAAUAAACCAAUACUCGAAAUGGACUGGCUUUCUACCCAGGAUGCUUCUCAUGAUCUCCUGGCAGCAUUGCAUCCUCCGUAUUCUAUUAUUUUAUGGAAUGCUGAUACUGGUACCAAACUGUGGAAGAAGUCAUUCACAGAGACCAUCUUGUCAUUUGCCUUUGAUCCUUUUGAUCCUACCUGUAUUACAUUGUUGGGACCAGAAUGUAUUUUAUUUAUCAGCGACUUUUACAUCUCAAAACCACCAUCCAGUAAUGGCAAAAAGUUCUACAUUGACAGUACACCUACUACUGGCUCUACAAGUGGCCCAACUGGUGGGGAAAGAAAAGGAAGUGCAAGAACAGCAUUUAGAAAAGUCAAAAUGCUGGUAGGCGAGGGAAAACCAAGGUUGCUAUGCCAUACAACGUUUAACUCAGCUGGGUGUGCAAAACAAUGUUUAACUCACUUGGUGUGCCAUAUGAUGAUUAACUCAGCUGGGUGUGCAAAACGAUGUUUAAUUCUGGCAAAGUGUGCCAUACGAUGUUUAACUCAGGGGUGUAGAAAAGAGAAUGCCUCACUUAACGAAUGUUUACAACUGACCUAUCUGCAGUCUUGUCCUCAUCAUCUGCUACAACGAGAUGUUCUGAUGUGUUUACAUGAGAAUGGUAGCAUUACUGUACGAGUACGCAGAAGAGCAGGCAGCAUUGGUGGAUUAAAUAGUGCUGCUACCACACCUGUCGAUCAGAUUGGAAACUUUGGUAACUCCAUUGGUGAUAGUUCUUCGGCCACAUCUAUUAGUGAAAACCAGCAUGAUGUCAUCUAUGAUGUCCGAUGUCAAUCUGAUCACCUACGUGUCACAAAACAUGUCAGACCAUUUGGCAUCUAUGCCUGUCCAUGCUCCGAGCGACAGGUGGCAUUGAUCAUGAACGAUGGUCGUGUACUGAUAUGGACGUUAAAAACAACUGAGCAUACCCCGGUCCCGACUAACAAUCAUGCUGCAUCCCUAUCUCCACUUCACUCACCUGGUUACUCCAGCUCCAAUGGAAGUUUUGAGUUUGUGCCUGCUGUGAAAGAUGAUGCUCAACCACAAAUGGAAGUGAGAACCGAGAAAUCUUCUCAGGCACUCCCAUAUCCCAAGAUCUGUCUGAAUGACCUGAUUGGACAGGUACAAAGUCUUGGUGGUGACCAGCUACAAACUGGCAAAGGAGUUGUUUUGAAGUUUGUUCUUGUUGGGCUGUUGAAUGGUGUGGUUGCACCCCCUACUGUAAUAAGAAUGUGUCCACCAUUAACUACAAAAAAUUACAACACUUACCAGCCAUUGGUGGCUUUAGGGACUUCAUCUGGUCUAGUGCAAAUAUUUAAUCUUUCAAGUGGUCUGCUGUGGAGAGAGUACAAUAUCCAUAUAGCACCAAUAAGAGGGAUUGAAUGGGUCAAUCUCAACAGCUUCCUGUCAUACUCCUUCGCCAACCCCGGUAAUAGUGGUUUGGUACGGAAUGAGCUGAUCUUGACUGAUAUGCUGACGGGGCGUACCACUUUAUUUAGGGGUGAGAAGAGUAAUGAUGAGUCUCCUGUGGAGAUGUUGAAAGUGUCUCACUUGAAACAGUAUUUCAUCUUGGUGUUCAAAGAAAAACCAUUUGAGUUGUGGGACUUGCGUACUGGUACCCUGCUGCGUGAGAUGCCAAAGAAUUUCCCGAUGAUAACGGCACUGGAAUGGUCUCCAUCGAGUAAUCUUAGGAGUUUAAAGAAAAGACAAGCUCAAGAGAAUGCGUCUACAACUAGUAUUCCUGUACAAUCAUCUGAUAGUGCUACUUCAACUAGUUCUCUGUCACUGCUCGGUAAUGAAAAUCAACUGAAAGGAGGUCAACCAUUGACAGUAAAGGAACAUUUUGUCUUCACCGAUGGCAAUGGUUUACUUUAUCAUUUCUUUGUAGAGGGUAAUAUCAUUAAAGAUGGUGCAAAAAUACCACCUGAGAGUGGUAUGGGAAGUGUGACCUGCAUAGCAUGGAAGGGAGACACUAUUGUCUUGGGAGAUGUUGAUGGCAAUCUUAGUAUAUGGGAUUUGAAAGCUAGAGUUUCAAGGGCUGUACCCACACAUAGAGGUUGGAUUAAGAAGAUUAAGUUUGCACCCGGUAAAGGAAAUCAUAAACUUAUUGUCUUGUAUAAUGAUGGUAUGGACAUAUGGGACACCAAAGAUGUAGAGCAAGUGAGCAGUAUUAGAAGCCCUCGGGAGAUUGCCAAAAUCUCUGAUGUCGAGUGGGCAACUUCUGAUAAACCAAUUGUAGCAACCAAUGACUCCUGCAUUCGGGUCUUUGAGUUAAACUUGAAAAUCAGUUCCGCACCACUGGAUGAACUAGCAAUUGCAGAUCCGCUAUUCUGUCCUCAUUUAUUGCCAUCCAAAGCUGCAUUAAAUAUGAAGUAUUUACUACAACAUCAACCAUGGAACACAGAGUAUAAACUUCAUUUGGAUUGCCUGUCCAAGGAUAUGCCGGAUGGUGAUGAGAUAAUAAACAUGGUAAAUGAUCAGUUCAAAGUGAUGCCAGCCGAUGUUAAACACUUUCUACCGUACUGCCCUAAUGGUAUCUCACAGCGAUGCCUUCUUACUGCUAGACUUUUUGGUGAUGAGGCGGAAGUCAACUUCUGGACAGUUGCUCUGUAUUAUUUGAGAUCAGAGCAAUCCAGACUGGCAUGUCUUAUACACAAGUCCAUGGCACAUAGUGGCCAUAACUAUACAAAGACUAAUUAUCAGAAUUCACACGAUGUAGUGCCGCAGUCUGACCCGCCAUCUGAUGUGUUCUUACCUAGUAAUAGUCAGCAUGACUUUCUGAGUGUGGCUAGCGAUCGUAGCAAUGUUAGAACCUGUGCAUGUCUUAAUGAGCCUCCACUCGAUACAUGCUAUGACAUACUUUGUGAUAACCAGUCAUAUCAGAGAUAUCAACUUGACAGAGUUCAUUUACAUGACAAUAAAAGGACCAGUUAUGAACAUACUCAGAAAGUUGCAGAGAAUUUCAUGCUUCUUGGACAGACUGACAGGGCAGUACAGUUAUACCUGGAGACAGACUCUGAUAAUGAUAACUAUUAUGUAGAUUCCUUGAGAGCAUGUUUAGUGGCAACUAUAAGAUCAUCAGGUGCUUCACAGAGUACUAUUAAAUUGGUUGCUACCAGUCUCAUUGCCAAUGGAAAACUUUCAGAGGGAGUUCAACUGUUAUCACUGAUUGAGAAAGGUCUUGAUGCAUGUCGUUAUCUUCAGACUUAUGGAGAGUGGCAGCAAGCUGUUUGGUUGGCUAAGUCUACUCUAAAUUAUGUAGAAUGUUGUGAGGUGUUAAAACGAUGGGCUGAUAAUUUGUGUUUACCAGAAGUAAACCAGAAAAGCAAAGCAGUGUUGGUGAUGAUUUCCUUAGGAUUAUUCCAUAAAGCAUUGGAGUUACUUUACAGUAUGCACUACUUUGAUAGAGCAGCAUUAUUUGCAGAUUCCUGUGCGGAAUUUGGACUACUCCCAGAAACAGAAGAAACCAAGAAACUUGUAUCUGCCAUAUAUCUAGAAUACGCUCAUAUACUCUCAUCGAUUGGUAACAGGAAAGCCGCCGCUCAUUACUGUAACAAGUCAGCUGAGAAAGGAGAACAUCUACAACAAGAACUAGAAUGGAUGUGA